AUGGCACCCAUAGCUCGUGAGCUGAGCGCGGCCGCCAGCGCCAACACGCCAUCACAUCGACCCAUCCGCGCCGACACGCUCGAUCUCAAGCAAAAGCUCGCCGUUGCUCUCGGUCAGAACGGCGCUCGAUACUGGCAGACCCUCGUCCAGUUUCUCAAAGGCGCUAUCGACCGCUCCGAAUUCGAAGCCCUAGCUCACAAAGCGCUCAAACCCGAACACACUUCUGACCUCGCGAUCUAUGCUCUUCACCCCCCGAAUCCGCCCCGACUCGGCACGUCCUUAAUCCAUCCACCCGAUUUCCUCCGCCCCCUCAAUCUGCCACUGCCAUCCACGCCUCUCGACUCCUCCACAGUCCAUCUUCACAAUGCGCUCAUUCUCGGAGUCCUCUACAACGCAAGCGCCGAUGUGCCCGGUCCAUCCAGCAGAGCGUCGAGGCGCAUCACUCGAAUCCUCCCAGACGGUUCCACCAUCACCGAGGAGGAAGAAGAGGAGCCCAGCCGCAAGCGUCUCCGCACCCUCGUCGCAGGUCUCCCGCGAAAGGAGCGCCUGCGCCUCAAGAACCUCGAAAAGGCCGGCAAGCUCGGCGCCAACUCGCUCGGCGGCGCCGCCAGCCUCGGCUGGGCCGGUUCCGCCGCCGACAUGCUCGAGAAGAAGCGCAAGGACGAGGAGAAGCGCAAGGUCGCCGAAGACCGCAGGAAGGUAAGGCAGUUCAAGAGCGCUAUCGGUGCGCGCGACUGGAAGGGCCAGGCCAUCCAAGCCACCCAGCAGAUCGCCGCUGUGCGAGGCAAGCUCUCUUUCUCUGCCCAACAAGCUGUGGCUCGUGCUCUUCAGGCGCCCCUGUGCGUCGAAUCCAAGCAUCUGCCUGAUCUCGAUGGCAUCAAGGACCGCAUGACGCUACUCGCCGUCGAGAACGGCAUGCCCGGCGGAGUACAGCCCCAAGCAGCCGCCAUGGUGCUCUCGGCUCUGCAGAGUCACCUGCAGAACGUGGCUAGCAGCGUCAUCACCAAGAUUCGCGCCAACUGCACCGACGGUAUCCGUACCAGUGAGGUGCUCCGUCCCGCUGCCGAGACCAGCGACAGCCUCGACCCCUCCGCUUACGUCGCAGACGCAAUCCGAGCCUCGCCCUCGCUCGAUGCGAUGGACUUGGACGAGAGCGUUCCGACGUCAGCGCGUGGCAGUCCCGUCCGGAACGUCCGAUCCAUACCGUCGGACGUGUCUUCGCGAACCAGCGCUUCUGGCAUCGGCACUUCGUUUGCCGACUCUUCAGUGUUGUCGCUCGCCAGCACCGCCGCCACGAGCCUCGCAGGGCCCUCGUCGCCCUCACUUCGUGACGGCGAUAGCAGCAGCCAGCUGCAGGACACGUCUUUUGGCAACAGCAGCACCUCGGCAGAUGCAGAGGACGGCGGAGCGGCCCACCCCAUCGCCAACGGACACAAACGAUCACGUACAGCCAUGGAGCGAAGCGACCGAUCGAGCGCGGCGAACACGCGCCUCACCGUCUCGGACGUUGCCUUUCUCCUCGAGGUGGCACCGCACACGGUUGUCGAGCCGAUGGGUCAAGGAACUCAGGAGCGCAUGCUGGCUCCCGAGUGGAGCGACGACGCUGUUUUCGGCGGCGAAGACGAGUCCGGGCGCCUCUACCCGGCCUCGCCCGAACGACAGCUCGCUCGAGCCGCGCGUCUGGCAGCGACAAGCCAUUUGAGCGACGCGACUGCCACGGGACCCGACGUGCCGGUGCGUAACCGCUUCGUGAUCGACCAGUCGGCACCUCUCCGCCUGCUCGACCGCCGCACGCUCGCCGAAAACGACGGACGCGUCCGCCCGACCAAAGGUGGCCUGUCCGUCCCCGGCUUCAAGGAUCCUACCUCGGUGCUCGCCGAGAUCAACGGUCGCAAGAAGGACCCCGCGGUGCUCGCCAGCGCUGCCGCGGCGAAUGCUCCCCAGCACCGCCACAAGGAUGAGAUCUGGGAUGUGGUAGACCCCGUUGCCCUCUUCGGCCAGCUCUGCGAGUGA